AUGUUCCUUAAAGUGUCACCGCUUCAAGGAUUAUCUUGUUUUGGGCAAAAGGGCAAGCUUUCAUUGCAUUUUAUUGGACCGUUUCACAUUAUCGAGAAGAUUGGGGAAGUCGCGUAUCGAUUGGCCUUACCAUCGAAGCUAUCGGACGUUCAUGAUGUGUUCCACGUGUCGAUGUUGCGAAAGUACGAACCGGAUCUGUCACACGUUCUAGAGUGGUUUGAACUAGAGUUAGAGGCCGAUGCAUCUUUUGGGCAGGAGCCGAUACGUAUCCUAGAUUUGCGCAAGCAAGUUUUGAAGGGGAAGACCAUUUCAUUAGUGCGAGUUCUAUGGGGUAAUCUUGGGAAGGAAGAGUCGAUGUGGGAAAGGGAAGACAAAGUUAAAGAGAAGUAUCUGUAG